UCAUCAAAACAUUUCAGUAAAAGAAUAAGUCAACAGUAGCACACUGAUUACUUUCGUCGCUUUAAAUGAACGAGAUUAAAAAAAAACCAAACAAAGUUCAUACGAAAUUCUAUAAAUCGCAAUAUUGUUCAUUGCUUCUUUUCUUUUUCUUUUGAAAAGAUAGAAACAGACACGUGCGAUAUUAUAUUUUUUUAAUAUACGACUGCUUUGAUUAGAGUUUAUCAAAAACCGUGUGAUGUGCCAAUUUGUGCAUUGUGUAUGACGUCUGUUGAACCAAAUUAAAAUCAAUUGAUAUAAUUCAACUCAUUAGAGCACAACAGUUCUUGUAUUUAUUCGAUUUGAAUUGAAAUUUCAAAAAAAAAAACACCGCUGAAACAGCAUUUUUCAUUUAUCACAUUGUUAGAGGUCAUUAUGUUGGGAGAAAUACUGCUCAUCGCAACAGUUGGCUUAAUUUCGUACGCGUUUUACAAAUGGGCCACAAUCAAUAACGAUUUCUUUGAGCGAAGAAACAUCAAAUGCAUGAAACCUAGAUUUAUUGUUGGAAAUACGGGCGGAUUAUUUACAAACAAAUAUACGGUCACCGAAUUUGCACAAAAACUUUAUAACGCAUUCCCCAAUGAAUCAAUCUAUGGAUUAUUCGACUUUCGAGUUCCGCACUAUGUGGUUCGUGACCCAGAGGCAAUUAAACAAAUUACCAUUAAGGAUUUUGAUCACUUCGAAGAUCACCGUGCAUUCACCGAUGAGGGAAUAGAUCGAUUGUGGUCAAACACGCUUUUCUUUAUGAAAGGCGAAAAAUGGCGUCAAAUGCGAGCCACAUUAAGUCCAGCAUUUACUGGCAGCAAAAUGCGACAAAUGUUUGAGCUCGUCUCAGAAUGUGCUGAUGAUGUUGUUAAACAUUUUGUGCACAAAGUUGAAAGCGGUGAAAAAGUGAAUAUUGAAAUGAAAGACUUUUUUGGACGAUACACCAAUGAUGUGAUAGCUUCGUGUGCCUUCGGUUUAAAAAUAAAUUCGUUCCUGGAGCCAGAAAAUGAAUUUUACCUCAAUGGGAAAACUUUAAUGAAUUUCACUUCGUUCAAGGCAAUGUGUCGAAUGGUGGUGUUAACUAAAUUGCCAGCUCUUGCACGUGCAUUAAAUAUUACUUCAACCGAUCCGGUAAUUGCCAAAUCGUUUAGAGAAACGAUUUUAACCACAAUGGAAAUAAGGAAAAAGAACAAAUUCUUUCGACCAGACAUGAUAAAUAUGUUGAUGCAAGUGCGUGAGGGAACAUUAAAAAGUGAUGAAAAUGUAAAAGAGAAAGAAGGGUUUGCAACGGUCGAAGAAUCUGAAAUUGGUAAAUUGACUGUGAAACGCAAGUGGAAUGAUGAUGAGAUCGUGGCGCAAUGCUUUUUAUUUUUCAUCGCUGGAUUUGAAUCCUCAUCAACAAUGUUAACUUUUGUGUCGUAUGAACUUACAGUCAAUCCUGAUAUUCAGCAAAAAUUAUACGAAGAAAUCUUGGAAACCGAGCAACAGCUUGGUGGAAAAAGCAUCACCUAUGACGCUUUGCAAAAGAUGAAAUAUUUAGAUCAAAUUAUUUGCGAAUCGCUGCGAAAAUGGCCAUCUGCCGCCCAAGUUGAUCGCGUUUGUACUAAAGAUUACGUCUAUGACCUUGGCAAUGAAUCCAAUUUGAAGGUAGAAAAGGGUACCCCAUUCUUCAUUCCAAUCUAUGGAAUACAUCAUGAUCCACAAUAUUUUCCAGAGCCGGACAAAUUUGACCCUGAGAGAUUUAGUGAUGAAAACAAAGACAAUAUCCUUUCAGGCACUUACAUUCCUUUUGGCCUUGGGCCAAGAAAUUGCAUUGGUUCCAGAUUCGCACUCAUGGAAAUCAAGGCUAUUGUGUACUAUUUGCUGUUGAACUUCUCCAUCGAACCAAACGAAAAAACACAAAUCCCAGUAAAAUUGAAACGUGGUAUGAUUUUACUUCCAGAGAAUGGAAUGCACUUGGAAUUAAAACCACGCAAAAAGUAGAAAUGAAAAUGUAUUCAAAACCAGAAUGCUACAUUUAAUUGAAGAAGAGGGUAACGCACUUGGAAUCAGAAUCAAUAAUAUAUACUUUCUACUCGUAUUAAACUUUGGGUUUUUGUAGUUAAUAAAAAAGUUUAGCAACACAAAA